GGCAUGGAAGCGACAAGGACCGAGCAGCGCCAUGACCCAAGAGCGCAUCAGACGCGGCAUACCACGCGACAAGGAUUCCAAUCACAGCCAUGCACUCCCGCGACGCAACCACAACCGCAAUUGUUUCAAUGUUUCUUACUUCUUUAGAUGCCAUGCCUGCACAAUCGGACUGGCGGGAGCACUGAACCCACUGGCCGCCCUUUCCUUCAUUUGGGUACUGCCAUUGUAGCGAUAUGCUAGUGGAUCCUGGGCGCCCCUUACCUUAUUCCACUACCCGUGGGCUGCGGGCCACAUCACAGCCUCGCUCCACCAGAAGCUCCAACUGAGCCCCUCGAUUUUCCCGGCCACCUCAUCAGCGCUUUCGCUGAUCUGCGCAGGGCGGGAUGGCAGGGAAAUGAUCCCGUGGCGAUGCAGAAACUCUCCCUGGACGACUGACGGCUCACCCGCCCUCAUACCGCGUAGACUUGACCCUUUCGUCGUGAUCUCCGUCCGGCCUCGCCUUGCUCAGCGAGGAUAGUCACCCUGUGCGCGUGACGCCGAAACACCUUUGAUGACGACCAGCGCUGAAUGACGUCAGUCUGUCGGGGAAUGGCCAUGUCUCCUAAGAUGCACAAUGUGGGCGUCCAUUGAAACCGAUGCGGCUUUGUACGAAGUACGGACAACGUGCGAUGGUCGCGUCGACUAAAAGGUAGUUUGGAGGUAAUGCUUCAAGGUGCUGCUCCCUGUGGCCAACAGCAACCAUGGAAUGUCUCCUGCUGGCGUUGCACGGGAGCUCAGGCUUCGAGGACCAAGAGCGAGCCCCACAGCGCCGAGCGCCGUCGUCCGCAAGCACUUGGGCACUGGAGCCCCACUUUGCGUGCCAAAAUUUUUAUCGAUAGACAGUGAUUAGAUAACGGGGCAACCUCAUGAGGCGGCCGAAUUGCUUUGGUGACUGGUUUGCGACCUUUACAUGCCUCUUCCACAAGCCUUAUCCUCGUCAUGCAAAGUCUGCCCACAGCGGCAUGCUCUCUACUUUACUGAGAAAAGCCAUGGAUGCUGAAAUCAAGCGAGUUCCCAUACCCCGCCGGGGCGUCGACUAUCGAGGCAAGGUUGUCCUUGCGCCGAUGGUGAGAUCCGGAGAACUACCAUCCCGCUUGCUGGCUCUUCACUAUGGCGCUGAUCUUGUCUGGGGGCCAGAGACGGUCGACCGUGCCAUGAUCGGGACGACAAGGCGUUUCAAUGAAGACUCUAAGACGGUCGACUGGUAUCGCGUCGCGUCGCACGGUCAGAAAGCGCCCCCGGUCGACGCAAAAGAGAGCAUCAUCUACCGGAUACACCCUGCGAGAGAGGCGGGACGGCUCAUAUUCCAAAUCGGUACUGCCGACCCAGAGCGAGCCGUGCAAGCCGCUCGCCUCGUGGCAGGAGACGUCGCCGGGAUUGAUGUCAACGCUGGCUGCCCGAAGCCGUUCAGUACUAGUGGCGGCAUGGGCGCUGCGCUUUUGCGGACACCAGAUAAACUUUGCGCCAUCCUAGAGGCUCUGGUAAAGAAUAUCACGCCCGAGUUCGAGAUCGGAAUCAGCGUCAAGAUCCGAAUUCUGGAGACAGCCGCGGAGACGGAAGCUUUGGUCCGCAGGCUGUGUGCCACGGGUAUCACUGCCCUCACAGUGCACUGCCGGACAACGCCCAUGCGACCACGAGAGCGAGCCAUUCGCGGACAACUGCGGAUGGUCGCCGAGGUCUGCCAUGAACACGGCGUCGCAUGUCUCAUGAACGGCGACGUGGAGACCAGGGAUCAAGGUGUCAGGCUGGCCGAAGAGUUUGGUGCCGACGGUGCCAUGAUCGCUACUGCGGCUGAAAAAAAUCCCAGCUGCUUCAGGAGCGAAGCGGACGGUGGCGUCCUGCCCUGGCAGCCUGUGGUUGAGCAAUACCUCAAGACGUGCAUGGACCUGGACAACCGCUUCGGAAACACCAAGUACUUGCUGGUACAGAUGGUUCCCGGCAGGGAGCGGUUUCACCAGCUCGUUAGCCAAGGCAAAAGCUACACGGAUAUAUGCUCAAGCCUGGGGUUGGAACACCUACUCGAGCAAGCCAAGGAGGCGGACACAAAGCGAGGUUUGGAUCGCCCCAAAGAAAAGACAUCCAAGAGCAAGAAGAAAAAGAACAACCCUAGCGCUCUUGCUGCUGGUGGUCAGAUGGGCCAGGUACGGGAAAUUUCGCAGCAUCGCAAGACGCUGUCUGAGCGAGGAGCCACUGUGCAGUCAGCACUGGAGCCUGAGCCGACUUCGGUGGCGGCCUGAUUGUAAACGUCGACGUUGAUGGCUUGUGGAUACGAAUGUGGUCCGGCAGUUGCGUAAAGGGAGUUGGCAAGAUGGGGAAGCAUGCAAGGCGAGCGUUGGAAUUCAAAACUACAGCAUGACGUGUACGAAGGGGUGGAUGCAUUGACGAGCGUUGCGCUUCAGGUUGGCAUUGAUGCAGAAGGGCAUCGCGGAUAUAUAUCAAGGCGUAAGUUAGAUCGGCCAUCGGAUACCUGGUCUGGCAGGCGUACUGCUCUGCACCAUAACACAAGAAAAUAUUGUUCCACGAC